ACAUUCCAUAUAUAAUUAUGUAUAUCUAACUGUAUACUCACUCCUACGCUUCCACACACCGUAUCUACCUAUAUUUUUGCUGCAACUAAUAAUAUCACACAAUUCAAAUAUAAACUUCAAGCAUCACCUAAAUUAGUAAAACCCCUCUAAAUCACUAAAUGUAAGAACUUUCUUCUCAUUUUGUCCCUUUCAAAAAGAAAAAAAAAAAAAAAAAAAAAAAAAAAAUCAAAAACAAAAACAAAAAUUUCAAAGUCUAUAUAAUUUCAUUGGUAAAAAGCUUGAAUACCCAUUGUUUGUUUCUGUAAUUUUCUCUGUUUCAUUCUGUUACAAUGGGAAAAUCUGGCGCUGAAAAGAAUGAUGACAUUGAAGCUGGCAAUAAUGACCAACUCUAUCCCAAUAUGAUGGAAAAACCAGAGCACCGUUGGGCUUUUAUACGGAAAGUUUACGUUAUAAUCUCAAUCCAAUUGUUUAUCACCGUCGGUGUCGCCUCCGCCGUCGUCUUCACCACCCCCAUUUCGGACUUCAUCCGCCACACAACUGCAGGCAUCACCACCUAUGUCGCCAUUAUUAUCCUUACCGUUAUACUUAUUGUUCUAUUGCAUAUGUAUCAGACUCGUCAUCCCUUGAACUUGAUCUUGCUCGUGACCUUCACCGUCCUGAUGGCGUUCAGUGUGGGAUUGUCGUGCUCAUUUUCAAAGGGGAAAAUAAUUUUGGAGGCUGCGAUUCUAACAGUGGUUGUGGUUGUUAGCUUAACCCUCAACACAUUCUGGGCAGUAAAGAGAGGCCAGGACUUCAACUUUCUCGGGCCCUUUUUGUUCGCAGUUGUCCUAGUGAUGCUCACAUUUUCUCUCAUGCAGAUCUUUUUCCCUCUGGGGAAAUUAGGGUUGAUGAUAUGGGGGUGUGUGGGAGCAAUAGUAUAUUCUGGUUUCAUUUUAUAUGACACAGACAACUUGAUCAAACGCUACAACUAUGAUCAAUAUGUCCCGGCUGCAGUGGCUCUUUUCUUAGACAUCAUCAACCUUUUCCUUUCUCUGCUUGCUAUUUUUACUGGUGCAGAUAAGUAAUUUUUUUUUUUUUUUUUGAACAAUACUGAUAAGUAAUUAGAGUGUUUGUUCAUAGUGCUUGCCUAUCAGCUUUGCAUUUUCAGACUAAGUGAAUUAGGAUGAACUAAUUGAUUCUGUUUGUGAAUAUUGGAGAUCAAUAGAGAUUCAUCACAUGACUAAUUUUAGUGCAUUGUAUGUCUUCAUUUUUGUACUUGGAUCCUAACCUCGUUGAGUUACAAAUCAUGAA